AUGUCAACUACAAAAAUAUAUAAUAAAAGUAGGAAAAAAAUGAUGAUAAAUUUUUUUAUAAAAAUUAUUAUAUUUACUUUCUUAAUAUGGAUGUUACAAGAUUCUAGUAAUAAAUGCAAGAUCAACUUAGAAAAGAAGUUAAAUCUAGAAUCUAAAAGAUCCUUGGCAGAAAGUAAGAAAGAAUUAAAUUCAGAAAGCGAGGUAAUAAAAAUGUGCAUAUCAGGUGAAUUAACUUUUUUUAAACAACGAGAUGUUGCAAAAGUAACUUUACAUUUAAAAAAAAAAAAGAAAGAUGAAAGUGACAAAAAAGUUGAAGAAACAAAUGAAGAAAUAGAAGAAAAAAUUAUUGAAAUGGAUGACUUAAAUAAAAAGUUAGAUGAAUUUAAUGACAUGUUAGAGGAAUUAAAUGAAAUGAUGGAAAAUAAAUUAGAAAAUGAUACAUUAGAUGAUAUGGAUAUAGAAAAAGGGUAUUUAAUUGAGACAAUUAAGAAAAAAAAUAAAAUAAGCUUUAAUAAAAAAAAAUUAUGCAAAUAUUUAAAAAAGUUAAAACCAGAACCUAUAGUUUCUAUUCUUUUCCUACCAUUUGUUGCAUGCAUAUUAUCUAUGAUAACAUUUGCAACAAAUAAUUUUCAAUUGUAUAAUAUAACUGUUUUAUUUCUUAGUUUAUCUCUUAUAUUAACGUCGAUCCUUGUAAUAAAUACAAAAGAAAAUAAAAAUGUUUCAUAA